UCUACAGACAGGUGUCGUGUCUACGGACAGGUGUCGUGUCUACGGACAGGUGUCGUGUCUACGGACAGGUGUCGUGUCUACGGACAGGUGUUGUGGGGUCCUUUACUGCUCUUAUAAAAGGUACACCUAUUAUUUUUUGAAAAAUCCAGCCCUUUGAUUUUUUACAUAUUUAUCCUUUGUGGUUAAAGCUGUGGUUAUUUUUUCUGAUCUAAUUUUCUGUAGCUGUACAUCCAGAUGAUUUUGAAAUCUAAUACUGAAAAUUAUUUUCAAUAUUGCACAUAUUUAGUGCCUUCAGAAAGUAUUCAGACCCCUUGACUUUUUCCACAUUUUGUUAGGUUACAGCCUUAUUCUAAAAUGUAUUAAAUUGGUUUCCCCCCCCCCUCAUCAAUCUACACAAUACCCCAUAAGGACAAAGCAAAAACAGGUUUUUAGACAUUUUUCUAAUCUAUAUGGAAAAAAACGGAAAUAUCACAUUUACAUAGGUAUUCAGACCCUUUACUCAGUACUUUGUUGAAGCACCUUUGGCAGCGAUUACAGCAUCGAGACUUCUUGGGUAUGACGGUAAAAGCUUGGCACACCUGUAUUUGGGGAGUUUCUUCCAUUCUUCUCUGCAGGUCCUCUCAAGCUCUGCCAGGUUGGAUGGGGAGCGUCGCUGCACAGCUAUUUUCAGGUAUCUCCAGAGAUGUUAGAUCGGAGUCUGGGCUCUGGCUGGGCCACUCAAGGACAUUCAGAGACUUGUCCCGAAGCCACUCCUGCAUGGUCUUGGCUGUGUGAUUAGGGUCGUUGUCCUGUUGGAAGGUGAACCUUCACCCCAGUCUGAGGUCCUGAGCGCUCUGGAGCAGGUUUUCAUCAAGGAUCUCUCUGUACUUUGUUCUGUUCAUCUUUGCCUCGAUCCUGACUAGUCUCUCAGUCCCUGCUGCUGAAAAACAUCCCCACAGCCUGACAGCUGCCACCACCAUGCUUCACCAUAGGGAUGGUGCCACGUUUCCUCCAGACGUGAUGCUUGGCAUUCAGGCCAAAGAGUUCAAUCUUGGUUUCAUCAGACCAGAGAAUCUUGUUUCUCAUGGUCUGAGAGUAUUUAGGUGCCUUUUGGCAAACUCCAAGCGGGCUGUCAUGUGCCUUUUGCCAUGGAGUGGCUUCCGUCUGGCCUGAUUGGUGGAGUGCUGCAGAGAUGGUUGUCGUUCUGGAAGGUUCUCCCAUCUCCACAGAGGAACUCCAGAGCUCUGUCAGAGUGACCAUCGGGUUCUUGGUCAUCUCCCUGACCAAGGCCCUUCUCCCCCGAUUGCUCAGUUUGGCCGGGCGGCCAGCCCUAGGAAGAGUCUUGGUAGUUCCAAACUUCUUCCAUUUAAGAAUGAUGGAGGCCACUUGUUCUUGUGGACCUUCAAUGCUGCAGACAUUUUUUGGUACCCUUCCCCAGAUCUGUGUCUCGACACAAUCCUGUCUCGGAGCUCUACGGACAAUUCCUUCAACCUCAUGGCUUGGUUUUUGCUCUGACAUGCACUGUCAACUGUGGGACCUUUAUAUAGACAGGUGUCUGCCUUUCCAAAUCAUGUCCAAUCAAUUGAAUUGACCACAGGUGUACUCCAAUCAAGUUGUAGAAACAUCUCAAGGAUGAUCAAUGGAAACAGGAUGCACCUGAGCUCAAUUUCGAGUCUUAUAGCAAAGGGUCUGAAUACUUAUGUAAAUAAGCUAUCUGUUUUUAAUUUUUAAUACAUUUGCAACAUUUUCUAAAAACUUGUUUUCGCUUUGCCAUCAUGGGGUAUUGUGUGUACAUUGCUGAGGAAAUUGAUUUAUUUAAUCCAUUUUAGAAUAAGUAUAUGUAACAGUCAAUACUUUCCAAAGGCACUAGGUGGAGCCAUUGACCACAGGAGCUCUUACCAAAAUUUUUAUUUUAUAAUAAUAAUAAUAAUAUGCCAUUUAGCAGACGCUUUUAUCCAAAGCGACUUACAGUCAUGCGUGCAUACAUUUUUUUUGUGUAUGGGUGGUCCCGGGGAUCGAACCCACUACCCUGGCGUUACAAGCGCCGUGCUCUACCAGCUGAGCUACAGAGGACCACAAUUUUAUUUAUUUAUUUUACCUUUAUUUAACUAGGCAAGUCAGUUAAGAACACAUUCUUAUUUACAAUGACGGCCUACACCGGCCAAACCCGGACGACGCUGGGCCAAUUGUGCGCCGCCCUAUGGGACUCCCAAUCACGGCCGGUUGUGAUACAGCCUGGAAUCGAACCAGGGGGUCUGUAGUGACGCCUCAAGCACUGAGAUGCAGCGCCUUAGACCAUUGCGCCACUCGGGAGCCCGCGUAUCAAAUCAAAUCAAAUCACUUUGAUACAUGUAUCAAAUCAAAUCACUUUUUCUAAUUCAAACUGCAUUGUUGGUUAAGGGCUUGUAGGUCUACACGACCUUGCAGUGAAAUGCUUACUUACAAGCCCUUAACUAACAAUGCAGUUUUAAAGAAGAAAAAAAGUAAUAAGUAAAAAAUAAAAAUAAUUAAAAGCAGCAGUAAAAUAAAAUAACAGUAGGGAGGCUAUAUACAGGGGGUACCGUUACAGAGUCGAUGUGCGGGGGCACCGGUUAGUCGAGGUAAUAUGUACAUGUGGGUAGAGUUAACAGUAUUAUUGACAUCCGCACCGCCAGCUGAAUAGUUUCCUUGCUAGUUAUCUUCCCUUAUCCCUUUUGAUCCAUUCUGUCUGUGUCUUUGUUUUGAGGAAGCCCGAAACAUGAAGCUUAAUAAUUCUUUAAAUAAAAUAUAUUUUUCAAUGAUGACCUAAUAAUUAUUUAGCACCUUUACUCACAUUGCAGAGGUCGCAUUAGCUUUCAGACAUCUGCAUUUUCAAAACGCAGACAUAAAAUAUGUUGUGUUUUAAACCAUUUCACCUGCGUGGUUUUAUAUUGAAAGUCAAAAAUGUUUGGCUUCAUAGGGUUGUGCAACUAGUUUUUCUUCACACAGAAUACAUUAGUGCAACACAUUCGGUAGAAAAUCGUUUUCAUCAGAUGACAACAGAAGUGCAACGCUAUUUGGCUAGCAGCCACACAAGUAAAUUAGCUUAUAAUGUAAAAGCAAUGUUUGUUUCUUUGUUGCUAAAACUAUGCAUAUUUCUGUUUAGCAAGCUACAUUUCCUAAAGUUUUGCUUGAACUUAAUUUGCUACAACUGAAAAGUUGUACAACUGAAAUGUGUCUUCCGCAUUUAACCCAACUGAAUCAGAGAGGUGCGGGGGUCUGCCCUAAUCGACAUCCACGUCAUCGGCGCCCCCGGGGGGAACAGUGGGUUAACUGCCUUGCUCAGGGGCAGAACGACAGAUCUUUUACCUUGUCAGCUCCCAGCAACCUUUCGGUGCAACUAUAGCACGUCCUUUUAUGUUCAUGAUUUGGAGAGAACACUGAAUGAAGCCCAGCAGAAUUUACAAUAACAAUUUUUAAAAAUCUGCGUAUUAUCUUUCCUUUUCUGCGUGAAAAAAUUAAGAAUCCUGCGUUAACGUGACCCCUGCAUUGGUUGAACGCCUUCCACUUCUUUCCAUAUUUGAAAACGAACACUUAAAAAUAGAAAAAAACUUAAAUACAGCCAGUAUGAUGCUGCGUUUUGCAUCAUAUUAUGCAAAAUGCAUCACACCGGCUGUAUUUUGAAAGUUAUAUAUCUUGAAAACUUGAUUGCUGACAUGGGAAACAUUUUGAAAUGGACUAAUGAAUCAGAUACCCCAAAAAAUAGUUUUUGGGUGGAAUUUUCCUUUUAAGAUGGACCCUUAGCAGGGAGUGCAUAAUAUUCCCCAAUUGAAAGUCACUUUUUGAGAACGGAACAGAGAAAAUAAAGGGUGCUCUACCGUCAUAUGAUUCUAGAUAUAUCACUCAUCAUCCUAGGACCUUCAGUGGAAGAGGAAUUGACAAGCAAACUCUGAAUAUCUAACCAAUAUCUAAACUGAAAAAUGUUUACUGCAGUGUUACCGUUGCUGAAGUAGAGGCGAGAAGCUAUGUUUAUUGUAGCUUCAAGCACUUGCUAUUAUUUGCCCUAACUUCAUCCAUAUUAGUAAACUGCAGUUAUUUUGUAGUUUUUUCUAUAGGCUCCUUCAACCAUGUCGUCCAGAUUAGGAGGUAGGUCUUCUCCCAUCUCCCCCGUUUUGUUCCUGACGGUGGACGGUGAACCCAUGCGCUUCUUCCUGCGUCCCGGCCCCAUCAAGGUUCAGCUGCAGCCCAUCAUCAAGGCGGGCGGAGGCCUGGUGUGCAGGGCCCAGGAGCCUGGGGCUUUCCUACUGGUGGACCCAGAGGAGAUGGGGUCUGUUGCGGGUUCGGCAGCCCACUGGUACGUGUCCACCCAGUACAUCCGGGACUGCAUGGAGAAGAACCAGCAGCUGGAGGUGGAUGAUUACCGCUUCAAGCCUGACAACGUACAGGUAUCUUGAUAUAGAGCAGGGUUGUCCCCAGGAUUUUUCAAACAAUGUGGGGCUGUUGAGUAUGAUGUGGGGGGGGGGGCAGCUGCCGUAAUUCACAGUGAGCUCCAAAACUAACGGGACAGUGACACAUUUUGUGUUGUUUUGGCGCUGUACCGCAGCACUUUGGAUUUGAAAUGAUGAAAUGACUGAGGUUAAAGUGCAGACUAAUUUGAGGGUAUUUCCAUCCAUAUCGGGUGAACCGAUAACACUUUUUAUACAUAGUCCAAAAGUAUUGGGACAAAUUCACUUAUGUAUUAAAAGUAGUCAAAAGUUGAGUAUUUGGUCUCAUAUUCAUAGCAAUGAUUACAUUAAGCUUGUGACUCUACAAACUUGUUGGAUGCAUUUGCUGUUUGUUUUUAAGUUGUGUUUCAGAUAAUUUUGUGUCCAAUAGAAAUGAAUCGUAUACAUUGUGUAUUAUGUAUUGUGUCAUUUUCACUAAAAAAGUAAAUAUAUACAGUACCAGUCAAAAGUUUGGACACACCUACUCAUUCAAGGGUUUUUAUUUUAUUUUACAAUUUUCUACAUUGUAGAAUAAUAGUGAAGACAUCAAAACUAUGAAAUAACAUAUGGAGUCAUGUAGUAACCAAAAAAGUGUUAAAACAAAUCAACAUUUAUUUUAUAUUUGAGAUUUUUCAAAUAGCCACCCUUUGCCUUGAUGACAGCUUUGCACACUCUUGGCAUUCUCUCAACCAGCUUCAUGGGGUAGUCACCUGGAAUGCAUUUCAAUUAACAGGUGUGCCUUGUUAAAAGUUAAUUUGUGGAAUUUAUUUCAUUCUUAAUGCGUUUGAGCCAAUCAGUUGUGUUGUGACAAGGUAGGGUUGGUAUACAGAAGAUAGCCCUAUUUGGUAAAAGACCAAAUCCAUAUUAUGGCAAGAACAGCUCAAAUAAGCAAAGAGAAAUGACAUUCCAUCAUUACUUUACUUUAAGACAGUCAAUACAGAACAUUUCAAUAACUUUGACAAUUUCUUCAAGUGCAGUCGCAAAAAAACAUCAAGCGCUAUGAUGAAACUGGCUCUCAUGAGGACCACCACAGGAAUGGAAGACCCAGAGUUACCUCUGCUGCAGAGGAUAAGUUCAUUAGAGUUACCAGCCUCAGAAAUUGGCAAUUAACUGCACCUCAGAUAUUGGAGCCCAAAUAAAUGCUUCACAGACAAGUAACAGACAUCUCAACAUCAACUGUUCAGAGGAGACUGCGUGAAUCAGGCCUUCAUGGUCGAAUUGCUGCAAAGAAACCACUACUAAAGGACACCAAUAAGAAGAAGAGACUUGCUUGGGCCAAGAAACACGAGCAAUGGACAUUAGACCGGUGGAAAUCUGUCCUUUUGGUCUGAUGAGUUCAAAUUUGAGAUUUUUGGUUCCAACCGCCGUGUCUUUGUGAGACGCAGAGUAGGUGAACGGUUGAUCUCCGCAUGUGUGGUUCCCACCAUGAAGCAUGGAGGAGGAGGUGUUGAGGUGCUUUGCUGGUGACACUGUCUGUGAUUUUUUUUAGAAUUCAAGGCACACUUAACCAGCAUGGCUACCAGAGCAUUCUGCAGUGAUACGCCAUCCCAUCUGGUUUGGGCUUAGUGGGACUAUCAUUUGUUUUUCAACAGGACAAUGACCCAACACACCUCCAGGCUGUGUAAGGGCUAUUUAACCAAGAAGGAGAGUGAUGGAGUGCUGCAUCAGAUGACCUGGCCUCCACAAUCCCCCAACCUCAACCCAAUUGAGAUGGUUUGGGAUGAGUUGGAUCGCAGAGUGAAGGAAAAGCAGCCAACAAGAGCUCAACAUAUGCGGGAACUCCUUCAAGACUGUUGGAAAAACAUUCCAGGUGAAGCUGGUUGAGAGAAUGCCAAGAGUGUGCAAAGCUGUCAUCAAGGCAAAGGGUGGCUAUUUGAAGAAUCUCAAAUAUAAAAUAUAUUUUGAUUUGUUAAAACACCUUUUUUGGUUACUACAUGAUUCCAUAUGUGUUAUUUCAUAGUUUUGAUGUCUUCACUAUUAUUCUACAAUGUAGAAAAUAGUAAAAAUAAAGAAAAACCCUUGAAUGAGUAGGUGUUCUAAAACUUUUGACUGGUACUGUGUUUCUAAACACUAAUACAUUAAUGUGGAUGCUAACAUGAUUACAGAUAGUCCUGAAUUAAUCGUGAAUAAUGAUGAGUGAGAAGGUUACAGACGCAUAAUCAUAUCCCCCAAGACAUGCUAACCUCUCACCGUUACAAUAACAGAGGUCUGUAACUUCCUCACUCAUCAUGAUUCACAAUUCAUUCAGCAUUAACCCGUAAUCAUGGUAGCAUCCACUUGUAGAAGUGUUUAUAAACAUGUUCUAUGGCAGUCUGCACUUUAACCUCAUUGUCAUUGUAUCAUUUUAAAAGUGCUGGAGUACAGAGCCAAAACAACAACAAAAAUGUGUCACUGUCCCAAUACUUUUGGAGCUCAAUUGUUGUGUCACCGUGGAAUGACACUUCGAUAAACUCUCUCCCUAUCUACAGGUGAACGUCCAGACCAGGUCAGCGAAACAGAGGGUAGGUAGAAGUGGGCGCUUGGGCUACACUCCGGAGGAGGACGAGGCCAUCGUGAGCUACAUCUGUGAGCGCAAGCGUGAGGCGCAGGGGAACAGGGUGUGGCAGGAGAUGGAGAAGAAGGGUCUGACCUGUCACACCUGGCAGUCGAUGAAGGACCGCUACCGGAAACAGCUCAGUCACAGGCAGCCUGAGCCUCAGGACUGCAGGGGAGGGAAAAAACCUGCCGCUGCUUCGGAGGAGAAAGGAGAGAACUCGUCUGAGAAAGAGAGAGAGAAAGACAUCCCACCACAGCCCUCCUCACUUCAGAAAGACGCUCCACAGUCGGAUAUUAUUAUGCCGUUGGCCCAAGAGUCAGACGCCCCGGAGACUUCCACUGAGUCCGAACUCCCUCAGGCAUCAUCAGACGCUGGUCUCCAACUCGCACAGAUGUCCCCUCAGAAAGACCAGGCUCAGUGCUCUCCUGAAGGAACGGGAACAGAGGAACCAACUGUUGACCCCUCACCCCAGCCCCAGCUAGAGCCAUCUACGUCAGGCCUUUCCCAGUCUGACACCACCACACCCCAGAAGCUCCCUUCUAAGAGACCCCACCAGCCCUCUCCUCCUGGGGGCAAACACCCACAUCCCCAGCCUGAGGAGGCAGCAGCCUCACUUAAAAGAGCCAGGUCAAAUAGUGGAGCAGUGGCGGAGGUCCUGGAGAAAAGGGAUUCAGCAGUUACAUCAGGUAGGGUUAGGGUUGAAGAACUGAUAGGACUACCCCUCUCUCUCUAGAUCUCUCCAUCUGUCUCUCUCGCUCUCUCCCUUUCUCUCUGUCUUUCUUUGUCUCUCCUCUGUUAGUUAUAACAUAUAUUUUGUUCUUGCUUCAGGAGAGAAGGCAACAACCUCCAACACGACAGAGGGGCAGCUGGGAAAGAAAAAGGCCAACAAGCGAAAACUGGGUAUCCUCGAGAGUGCAGUGAGAGAAUUCGAGGGGUCAGAUGAGGUAAGAUAAUCUGUGACACCUAGGCUAGUUAUUACACAUUUAGGAUCUAGAAUCAGGAAGAACCAUGUAGUCCAAUCUCUGAUGUUUAGGAUCUAGAGUCAGGAAGAACCAUGUAGUCCAAUCUCUCAUGUUUAGGAUCUAGAAUCAGGAAGAACCAUGUAGUCCAAUCUCUCAUGUUUAGGAUCUAGAGUUAGGAAGAACCAUGUAGUCCAAUCUCUCAUGUUUAGGAUCUAGAGUCAGGAAGAACCAUGUAGUCCAAUCUCUCAUGUUUAGGAUCUAGAAUCAGGAAGAACCAUGUAGUCCAAUCUCUCAUGUUUAGGAUCUAGAAUCAGGAAGAACCAUGUAGUCCAAUCUCUGAUGUUUAGGAUCUAGAGUCAGGAAAAACUCUGGGCAGAUUGGGAAAACCUCCUGGCCCCACUCAUACUGAAUACAAAUAAGCUAACUGUAUUUAUUGUACAUGUAUUAGAAUGUCAGUGGUUGUAUUCAUUAGUGCACACCGUAGCAAAAGGUUUUGCAACAGAGAACGACAACAAACGUUACGGUCUGUUUGGUUGCUAGUACUGACAGUUGUUUCCCUUUCCUAGUCAGGUGAUGACGAUGAGACUCCAGACCUGACUGAGAUUGCUUCCCCUCCCUCUGCUCCUCCCCCUCCUCCCCCUGGACCAGGACCAGGACCAGAACCAGGACCAGGCCGGGAGACCCAGACAGAGAACAGCUCUGCUCAGAUACAGCUCCAGCCUGCUGCCCAAGAGAAGAGCUCAGAGACCCAGCCUGAGGGCCAACUAGCUGAGGCCAGUGGUCCCGCAAUGAGUGGGUCGUCCACAAAUGCCCCCACGGUCCUAAAUGCCCCUGCAACGAGUAUCCCUGUCCCGAAAGACCCUGCUAUCCCCUCCACCUCUACAGUUCCUCAUCUGUUCCUGUUUGAGCAUGACUCCCAACUGGUAAGAAGGGGCAGACACCAUUGAGGUUUUGAAAUCGCUCUUUUAGCGUCAGUGAUUUUAUUGUUUUAUUUUUAAAAAACAUUGUGUUUUAUGUUAUUUUCCCUUUUACUGUUUUCUUAUUUGCUGCGAUUUUAAAUGCACUUUCAAUCAAAUGUGAUUUGUUUUGAUUUGAUUUGAGGCGGAGGAAGAGGAGCCUUCUCAGCCCUUCACCCAGCUCCAGCUCCAGCAGGCCAAGCAGCUGGUCCUCAGCCUUAUGAGGGACUCCAAAUUGGGGCUGGUCGCUGUCACCAAGGCACUCCUGAAAAACAGUGGAGAUGUCUCCGCCGCUCUGCGAGACCUACUGAUGAUGCCUAACACAGGUAGGUAGCCCAGUGGCUAAGGAGGUGGCGGAAAAUUCAUCUGGAGGGCUGCUGGUUUAAAAAAAUAGUGCCUACCAUUGAGCCCUUGAGCAAGGCAUUUAACCCAUAACAUGCUCUCUAUCCAGGGGCUCUUCACUGCGGUUUGACCCUUUUCCGGAGACACUUGAAACCCCACCUCUUUAAGGAAUACCUGGGAUAGGAUAAAGUAAUCCUUCUACCCCCCCCUUACCCCACCCCCCCCCCAAAAAAAAAAAUAUAAGUACAAUUUGUAAGUUGCUCUGGAUAAGAGCAUCUGCUAAAUGAUGUAAAUGUAAAUGUAACUGUGUGUGCUAUCACACGCAGGGGGGGGGGGUUAAUGAGCAGAAGACACAUUUAUUGUUCACAGUAACAUAUGGACACUAAAAUUGUAUUAUAUUAUUGUAGGGAGCGGUGUUCGGCAGGGCCCUCGAUGGGAACGUCAUGACGACUGCCUGCUGCUGUCAGCUGACCCUUCAGAACUCCACAAAAAGUUUGGGGAAGAGGGCGUGGCCAAGAGGAUGGCUUUCCUCGAUGGAGAGUGACACUGGGGUUCAAUUUGGUUCAACGGUAUGCAACGUUGUGUGGCGGUUUGUACUGAACAACACGUUU